AUGGUUUCCCUUCUUGUACAGACAAAAGUCUGCACUCUUCAGAACAGUUUUCCUCCAAACUUUGUGGCCAGAGGUGACUUUGUUAUUGGAGGGAUCUUUCCCCUCCAUUAUAACCAGGAGAUGCCUGACCUUAACUGUACAUACAGACCACUACCAGUGAAGUGCAACGGAUUUGAUCCCAGGGCUUUCCGCUGGGCUCAAACCAUGAGGCUGGCUGUGGAGGAGAUAAACCAGAAUAUGGAUUUAUUGUCCAAUUACACCCUUGGGUACAAAAUCUUUGACUCAUGUGCAUAUCCACUGACUGGCCAGAGGGCUGCUCUGGCUGUGCUGAAUGGGCUGAAUGAGGAUGAGUCUCCUCUGUGCAGCACUGCUUCGCCUCUUCUUGCUGUGAUUGGGGAAUCAGGUUCUGCUCAGUCCAUCGUUGUGUCAAGAGUUCUGCAGCCAUUCAGAAUCCCGAUGAUCAGUUACUUUUCUUCAUGUGCAUGUUUUGCUGACAGAGAAAAAUAUCCUACUUUUUUCAGAGUGAUUCCUAAUGAUGAUUAUCAGGUAAAGGCCAUUGCUCAGCUGCUGGUGCGCUUCAACUGGACUUGGGUGGGACUCGUUCGAGGAGACCAUGAAUACGGUCGCUUUGCUGUGCGAGGGCUACUGAGGGAAUUAGAGGGUACCAACGUGUGUGUGGCUUAUCAAGAAAUGAUUCCUCUGCUCUAUAAUCAGCAGAAAGCCCUAGAGAUCAUGCAGGUAAUGAAAAACUCCUUGGCAAAAGUGGUGGUGGUAUUUUCCGCUGAAGGUGAAAUGACACCUUUCUUGAAAGACUACAUGACCCAGAACAUUACAGGAAUCCAGUGGGUAGCGAGCGAGGCCUGGGUCACCGCAUCUGUCUUUACAGGAACUGAGUAUUACCCCUACUUGGGCGGCACCAUUGGAUUUGGCAUCAGAAAAGGUUACAUUUCCAGACUGCAUGACUACCUGUUGACAAUCAACCCUCAGAGAUAUCCCAAUGAUAUUCUGGUGCAAGAGCUGUGGGAGGCUCUGUAUGGCUGCAGUCAUUUUCCAUCCUCUGCCACUCAGUUGCCAUCCUGCACAGGAAAGGAGCCAUUGUUGGAGCAGCACUCUGCCUAUAUGAAUACAUCCAGUCCUAGAGUGGCCUAUAAUGUCUAUAAGGCUGUGUAUGCUGUUGCUCAUUCACUACACAAUCUUCUUCACUGUCAACCAGGCAGGGGGCCCUUCCAAAACAACUCAUGCGCUCAAAGAAAUAAUGUACUUCCCUGGCAGCUCCAGCACUACCUCCAGGAAGUUAGCUUUAACAUUAAUGAAGAAGAGAUAAACUUUGACUUGAAGGGUGACUCUGUACCCUACUAUGACAUUAUCAACUGGCAGAGAGGCACAAGGGGGAACAUUGAAUUUGUCAACGUGGGGCUGUUUGAUGGAACCAAGCCCGCUGGAGAGGAGCUGGUGAUCCAGGAGGACAGGAUAAUGUGGGCAGGGCAUCAGAGUGAGGUGUCAGUGUCUGUGUGCAGUGCCAGCUGCCUUCCAGGGUCCAGGAAAGCUGUCCGUCGUGGGGAGCCUGUCUGCUGCUUUGACUGUGUACCAUGUGACAGUGGCAAAAUUAGCAAUCAGACAAACUCAAUAGAAUGCAUCUUUUGCCCGGAGGACUUCUGGUCAAACAAAGAAAGAACAGCUUGCAUUCCCAAAAAGGUGGAGUUCUUGGCCUAUGAUUCCUUGGGUAUAGCUCUGACAGUGAUCUCUGUGGUGGGCGCCUGUCUCACUAUGGCUGUGUUUGCAGUGUUCUUCUACCACAGAAGCACAGCUAUUGUCCGUGUCAAUAACUCAGAACUCAGCUUCUUCAUCCUAUUUGCACUGACGCUGUGUUUCCUUUGUUCUCUUGUUUUCAUUGGAGAGCCAACAUUUUGGUCCUGCAUGCUUCGCCACACAGCCUUUAGCAUCACAUUUUCACUUUGCAUCUCCUGCAUCCUGGGAAAGACUUUGGUGGUGUUGGCAGCAUUCACUGCCACCAGGCCAGGGGACAACAUAAUGAAGUGGCUGGGGCCGAAGCAGCAGAGAAUCGUUAUCUUCAGCAGCACUUUGGUUCAGGUAGUCAUCUGUGCUGCCUGGCUAAUUGAUGACCCCCCUUAUCCAUACCGAAACACGGAGUAUGAACAUUCAAAGAUUAUACUGGAGUGUAGUGUUGGAUCUACUUUUGCAUUCUGGUGUGUUUUGGGAUAUAUUGGUCUGCAAGCAUGUUUUUGCUUUGUGCUGGCAUUUCUGGCUCGUAAGUUGCCUGGCAACUUCAAUGAGGCCAAGUUCAUCACUUUUAGCAUGUUGAUUUUCUGUGCUGUGUGGCUGGCAUUUAUCCCUGCAUAUAUCAGCUCCCCUGGAAACUAUGCAGACGCAGUGGAGUCAUUUGCUAUUUUGGCCUCCAGUUUUGGCUUGUUGUUCUGCUUGUUUGCUCCAAAGUGUUAUAUCAUUUUACUGAAGCCAGAAAAAAAUACAAAACAGCACUUGAUGGGAAAAGAAAAGAAAUGAUGUGUAAGAAUAUACGGUUUUGUUGUUGUUGUUUCAGUUUACAUUUCCAGUCAAUAUCCAAUGUUAUUUCCCAAUUAAUUCAAAUGUAUUUAACAUGUGCAACUUUGCAACUCUAGAGUGAUU